AUGCGCCUUUCGGUCCUCGACGAGGUGAUCCAGUCGGUGCAAGCCCGCUUCCCCGAGACCGACGAGGGCCUCAUUCGUUGUGCCAUCGUCACGCGCAUGGAGUGCGCGUGCAUUCUGCUGCUCAACUUGUUUGUUGCCUACAAGACCGACCCGCUGUACCCGGUGCUACACAAGUAUGGCGUUGCGUAUGCCAAGCUGCGCGGCAUCGGCCGUACGAACCGGGACACCGCGGCGAGCCCGGGCAUGCCUAGCGGGUUCACGCCCGAGACGGGCAAGGCCGCCAACAAGCGGCGGUACGAGCUCGAGGCGGCGGAACCCGAGCGCAUGGAACGCAACCGCGGCAACGUGGCUGCCAGCAACCGCAGCGUGGCCAAGCGUACCAAGCAGUCGGACACAGCGCUGCGUGAUCGGUUCACUGUGUGGACCACGCGGUUCACAACCGCUGCCCAGCCGACGACCAAGAGCUAUCGCGUCGUCGAGAUUCCCUACAUCUUGCCCAUCAUGACCUCGGGCCCCGUCGCCGAGCACCUCUUCGAGGUCCUCGGCUUCAAGGUUGCCCGCGUUACGAGGCUCCGCAUCCCCCAGCAAUUCCGCUGGGCCGUCGAGCUCAAGACUGCCUGGCACAGGGCAAUCCCUAGGGACGACGUGCAAGCCACAGCCAUGGACGCUCGCACGCUCAACAAGCUGACCAAGCUCGAGCAGCGCUACCCGCGCUGGGUCGGCACGCCGCUGGCACCCGAGAACGUCGGCGGCGUUUUCUCUGCCCUCGACGAGCUGCACCAAACCGAGAAGCGUGACGACCACGUCGACGCCGCCCAGCUCUUCGAGACGCUCACCGUCGUCGGCGUGACGGAACUCUUCUUCAAGCACCUGGCCUCAGAGGAGGUCCUGUAUGAGCUCGCCAACUCAGGCACCCUGUCGCCGGCCACUGCUCUCCGGGACGACCGCAUCCAGCGCAAGCGCAAGUGCGGUCUUGGCGCCGCCGGUCUACCUUCGACUGCGGGGAGCGAGACGCGGUUCACGGGCGAGACUGGUGCUGCCACCGUCGCCAAGCUGCACCAGAUCGAGGCCGACGACCCCGAGCGAAAGCGCAAGCGGAUGGAGGAGAUUUCGAAGGCCAAUAAGUCUGAAGCCAAGCGUAAGGGCCAAUCCAAUACGGCCGUUCGCGAGCGCUACACCUUUUGGACGACUUGUUACGACAGCCCACCCAUCAACACCGCCAAGGACUCCACCAAGAACUUGCGCCCGUCAUACAUCCUCGCCUUCAUGGCAUCGGACCCCGUCGCACAGCACCUCUCCGAGGUCCUCGGCUUUCAUGUUCCCCGGGCCAUGCGCCUUCGCAUCCCUCAGCAACUCGCUGCUCCCGUCAAGGCCUCGAACGUCUGGUUUCGAGCCCAGCCUGCCCCCGGUGGCCAAUGGACGGACAGUGGCACUCGUGUCCAAGUGUGGCUGGGCGACGCACUCAUCACAGCGUUUGGUCUUCACGACUACGACUUCCGCUCGACGUCGCCGAGCGGCACGGCUCCCCGCGACACCUUCAAGAUUUUGGUGGCUUUCCUGAGCUACGCAGAGCCCUUCUAG